AUGCCCUCCUCCUACCCGCAGCGUGCCCUGACGGUUCUCCUGCUCUUCGGCACGCUGUCCGCUGCCAUGGCCCUGCUGGCUUCCAGCCUCAUCUUCCAGCUGCCGGCGGAGGACGGGACCCGUCCCGGUCCCGGUCCCGGUCCCGGUCGAGGGGCGCUACCGGAGGCGGCGGCCGCCGCGCUGCUGCCGGUAUCGGCCGUGCUGGCCGCGCUCUGCCUGGUGCUCAACGUGAGCUGCCUCCUGCUCUGCCUCCUCCACGGCUACUUCAGCACCGAGCUGUGCCGGGGGCAGGCCGGGACCGACCGGGCAGACUGGUUCCUUCUGGACAGCCGGACAGUUCGCCACGCCGCCAUCGGUUUGUUCUGCUGUGGGGUCUCGGUCUACCUAACAGCUCUUGCCAUCUACAUGCUGCUGCUCUUCGAACUCGAGGCCGGGAUUGCCAGCGCCUGCAUCCUCUCCUCCGGCAUCAUCGUCCUGCUGGUCACGGUGACGCACGCCCUGGUGCGCGCUUCCCAGCUCUCCCGCCGCAGCCACCCCGAGGUCUCUCCCACCCUGUAUGAGAACGACUCUGCCCAGCACAGCGACCCUCCCACCGGUGACCUCAACAACAAAAACGUCGCCGCGUCCCGGCCCCGGCCCGAAAUCCACCGGGAGUUUUCCUUCCCCCCUUUCCUGGAGCGCAAAUCCCAGCUGGGAUCCCCGGGCAGCAGCAACCUCACCUCGUCGGGGAGCCCCGGGGCUCGCUCUGAGCAGGAGAGCUACAACCUGCCCCGCACGCACAGGACGCUGUCGGCGGAGUCAGCCCUGCUGCAGGCACAGGGCAAGCCCUGGAACGGCGUCACCCGCGAGAUGAGGAACGUGCUGGCCCGCAAACCUGGGGCUUCGGGCAAGGACUCGACGCUGGUGUGAGUGGAAGAGGGGCUUCUUCGCCCCGUCUCAUCACGCGGAGGCUGCAGGAUUUGCAUCUCUGUUUAGAGCUUAACGUAGGUCCCGUCUCGACCCCCGUGGCAAGGAGCCUCCUCAGACCCGGGGGUGGCUGAUUUUCCACCCUCUGCCCUCCUGCAGACAGCUCCCAGUCCCUCGAAGAUGCGUGAGGAGCGAGGGGACCUAGUCCACAAGCAGACCUGCCCUCCUUCCCCAGCAGAUCCCAGCUUUUUUUGGCUGCCUCUACCUCUCUCCCUUCCCCCUCCUAUUUUCCUCCUCCCAUUUUCCUCCUCCCUCCUCCAUCCCCAGAAGACGGCACUACACCAAGAGCUCACGCCGCCAACCCGAGGGCUUCCCUGCAGCCAGGUUUAAGAAACCAGGCGAGGCGAUGGAGGAGCAACAAGUGAGAUGGAGCCAGAGGAGUCUGAAGGUUGCAGAGAAAGGGUUUGAGGUGGCAGAGACCUCCUGCUCGGGCACCAGCACCUCGACCCUCGACCCUGCACAGGCCCAGAGCAGCAGCACGCUGGCUUCUUCCCCAAAUCUUCAUCAGCCAGCAGUCAGCAGAGUAUUUCAGGGAGUGAAAGGAAGCCACUGAUCCAAACAGAUCCUCUCACCUUCCGUGUUACUGUCCUGAAAGGCACCUGGCGCCCUGAGCACCAUGCAGAGCAUUUCUUUGGAAUCUGAGCCUGGCACUGCUUUGAUCCCCGCAUCUCUGGGAAAUUCUUCAGCAGAACACAACUGCUGGUUCCAAGGGAGAUUAACAGUGCUCGACAAGGGAUGAAGAAAGUCCAAUUUUGUUUGAAGAGCAGGACAGUUUCUUUUUCACUCAAAAGGCUCCAACUCUGCGUGUCUUUGUUUUGCUCCGUGCCCUGUGAAACAAGCAGAGCCAGCAGGCUCCAAGACCCCCCAGCCUGAGCGAGCAAGAGGGGAAGGUUUGAGACAGAACUUAUUUGUUUUGCCUUUUUAUUAUUGUUCUCACUAAGACCAAAUUCAGCACUUCCUGGCACACACACGAGAAACUCUCCCUGCAGAAUGCCUCCCGAACAAAGCUGAAGUGUGCCUACAUUAAGUCUUUCCACAGCCACCUACGAAAUACUGAAAGCAAGACCUAGUUUUUGCUGAGAUACUUCUGUGGCCAAGAGGUAGAGAGAAAAACGCCUCGUAGCAGUCUGCCAUCAGAAAGAACUGGAAAGGACAAAUGCAGAACCACCCCGUUUCCCUUUUUUGCAGAACAGUGUGGGAAGAGGCUGCCCCACAAAGGCAGUCCUGACCCCAGGAAUUUUUUUGCCUGCUCAGGUGCAGCACCUCGUUACUGGGAACAGCGAGGCAGGCCGACCUGUGGGCAGCUUCACAGACUGAGCGGAAGGGUUCUUAUUCCUCCACGUGGUCGGUGAGCACGGAGCUGGGCUGGAGAAGAAGGCAGAGGACAGCCAGUCUUGUCCGAAAUCAGGAACUAGCUGGAGGAUUCUUGGCUUGUGGGCCAGCGGUGCUGUAAAAAGAAAGAGACAGUCAUGUCCAGCAGGCAGGCAGGACGUCAGCAGCCAUGGGAAUGUGAAGAACCAGGGGAGCCCUAAAAUAAAGCCUCACUGCUCGGAGAGGGAGAGCUGCUAAGACAAGCACACCUUUCAGCGUGCUGUGCAGGCUACGGAGCAGCACACAGCAGCCCCCAUGGGUGUCAAGACAGCAAUCGUCACAGCCACACCACCGCAAAAACACAAACAAACAAGAAACAACUCUAAAAAUGCUCUGUUAGGGCUGCACGGUGUGACCCCGCUGCACGGGCAACUGGGAAAACACAGACCCUGUACCAGAAAUGUCUAAAGUGAAGUCGUUUUUCAGAGACAGAGGUGCUUUGUCUGCUGGGGUGGUUUUAUCCAGGACGGGCAUUUAGAACUGUCCGUGGUGGGCAGGGGCAUUUGGGAGUCUUCUCACUCCUAAGCAGUCAGACGCCAACACCAACACAGUUCUCAGGAGAGACAAAUACACUGGGCUCAGACAAUCUGCUGGAAGAUGUUUUCGUAGCUGUAGUUCAGCUGCAGGCACACAAAAAUGCAUAAUCUUUCUGCCACAUCUGUCAGCACCACUAAUCUCUGAGGGACUCUCCUCAGAAAAAGCCACAUGGAUGACAGGGUACCAAAGGCAGCCUCUCACCUACUCCAUCUCAGUAGCACCACUCCAAAUGCCUUUAACACAACAAAUAUUUAAUGUAUUACGGAACCAAACAUCCCUUUUUAAAUAAGGAAAUAAAUUAUUUUCCAGUUA